UCAAAAAAUUGAUUUAUUUGUCAUUGGUCUAAAAUAUUUUUGUUUGUGAUUUGGAAAAAUUGCUGUAGAAAAAAAAUUAACGAGAAAUGAAUGCUUCUAAACCUAAAUACUAUAACAAUAAAAUCAUUUGAUUUCCCAAAUGUCUUAUUAAAGAUGUUGUCCUAAUAGAUAGUCAUAUCAGUAAAGCGUUAAGCCCGAGACUUUUGCAAUAGUCGCACGAAAAAAAGAUAAUUCAUAAGAUUAUGCCGGGAUGACAAGAAUGACUGGUUCACGAUUUGCUAGAACUGGCCGGUGUCGGCUUUUUAUCGCCUUAGGUGCUUUUGUUUUGAUGGUGACAAUGGUUUUUGUUAAACUUCAGUUGGACGAAGCAAGAAAAAUGGAAGUACGAUGCGAGUACCAGCAAGAUGCUCUAAACUUACAGCUUACAGAUUUACAAAAAAAAUUAAGAGUGGAGCGUUUGCAGUAUGAGCAAUCAGAGCAACAAUCACAAAAGCAAUAUGAACUAAAAGAGAGAACAGUACAAGAAUCAAAUACGAAGUUAAAUUCCUUGCAACAACACUACAAACUCCUUAAAAAUCAAUACGAUGAUUUUAAAGAUGAAUGCACAAAAGAAAAAUCAGAAAAAAUCGAUAAAAUAAAAAGUCUACAGAAUAAAUUAGAAGAGAAUUCCUGUAAAGAAAAGGAUAAGGAUAUUGAAAUUUGGAAGACGAAAUAUUUUGAAUUGUUAAAUGCCAAACAUAUGGAAAGCGUCAAUAAUUUUGAUCAUGAUUGGCGUUCAUCUAGCAGAAGUACGAAAGAAGCAGUUGUUGAAAAAAAUUUUAAUGCACAGAUUGCAGUGAAUAAUAAAUUAUAUUCUAUACCAAUUAAAUACAACAAUAAUACAAAAUCAAAAGAUGAAAAAGUCGAGAAUACUACUUCAAUACUUAAGACAAGUGAGUCUUUAGUGAAUAAUUCUAUUACUUCAUCCAAAAUAAUCUCAUUUAACAAAUCUUCGAAAUCAAAAACCAUUCGAAAUGAACAUCAAAUGAAAUUUCCAAAUGGAGUCGUUCCAAUUCCAUUCGAACAACCGAAUAUUGAACAGAUAAUUCAUUCAUCAGAAAAAGUCCAAGCUAUUCAAAAGAACUCAAAAAAUGAAGAUUUGGGAGCCCGUGAAGAGAAUGACAGUAAUUAUGAAGAACAGAAUGAUCAUAUGGCAAAGGCUUUGAGCCAUACAAAUGAUUUGAUCGGGGAUGAUAAUAAUAAAUCAAAUAACAAAUUCAAUGCAAUAGACAUUCCAAAUGUGAACAAUGAAGAUUUACAAGUGAUUCAGCAACCAAACGAUAUUCUUGCCAAUGAGAAUAAAUUAAAAAAUGAAGUAAAUGAAGAUCAGGGAAAAGCUUACGUGGAUGAGAUGAAUUUCCAGGUGGAAGAUGAGGACGAUGAUGAAUAUACUGACCAUCGACAUCAAGGUCAAGCUGUUCGAGAACGCCGUUAAAUCAGUGAGCAAUAUGGUAAUCCUAAGGGGCAAA